CGUGAGCAGUAAACGACAAACGACAGAUCGAUUGUUUAAUGAAAGUGUCAGAUUUUGUUAUGACUCACAACUGAUAUAAAACGAAAACAAAUAAUUAAAAUAUAUAUUAGAUUAGUUAGUCAAUUAAAAUAACAAAUAAUGCAGAGCGUAAUUAAUUCAGUAAAAGGAACAGCUCUUGGAGUUGCUGAAUAUCUAACCCCUGUUCUUAAGGAGAGUAAAUUUCGUGAGACAGGCGUGUUAACUCCAGAAGAAUUCGUGGCUGCUGGUGAUCAUUUGGUCCAUCAUUGUCCAACAUGGCAAUGGGCUACUGGUGAUGAAGACAGAACUAAAUCAUAUUUACCUAAAAAAAAACAAUUUUUAUUAACGCGUAAUGUUCCAUGUACUCGUAGAUGUAAACAGAUUGAAUACUGUGAUGAACAAGAACGUAUAAUAGAAGCUGAUGAUCCAGAAGGUGGUUGGGUCGAUACCCAUCACUAUGACGCCAGUGUUGGUGGGAUUGAUGAAAAAGUAUCUGAAAUGACCUUGGAAGAUUCGACGCAGCAGCCUCCUGCUAAUGAUGAUGAUGACGAUGAUGAGGACGAUGAAGAAGCUGCUGACAUGGAAGCUUUCGAAGUCAGUGGAAUGCUUGAUGAAGAGGACAAGUUUGCAGCUGAAACAAAGAAACCAGUAAAGGAAAAAAAAGAUACCUUUCCUGAAGGAGAAAUAAUUCACACAAGGACUUACGAUCUACAUAUAACUUAUGAUAAAUAUUAUCAGACGCCGAGGUUGUGGCUUUUUGGGUACGACGAGAACCAGAAACCCCUGACUGUUGAGGAGAUGUAUGAAGAUGUCAGUCAGGAUCAUGCCAAGAAAACUGUUACUAUGGAGACUCAUCCUCAUUUACCUGGACCUCCGAUGGCUUCUGUCCAUCCCUGCAGACACGCAGAAGUCAUGAAAAAAAUAAUAGAAACAGUAAUGGAAGGUGGUGGCGAGUUGGGUGUCCACAUGUAUCUCAUAAUAUUCUUAAAGUUCGUUCAAUCCGUGAUCCCGACAAUCGAGUACGAUUACACGCAAAAUUUUAUGCUGUCCAGCUCAAGCUAAAAGUUUAUAUCUUAUUGGCAGCUCCCAUUGAUUUCAAAUAAAAUAAUAAAAGACAAUUUAGCGGAAAGUUUUUACAUGUUUGUACCGUAAUGCAUUUUGCAGCCAAUCUCUUUAACAAAACUUAUCAAUUAAAUUUAAAUUGCGCUUAUGCUUUCAAAAUUAAAUGUUGCCAUCGAAGUUUUUAAUUUCUUCGACACUCAAGGGCAUUCUCAGACGCUCCCUCCUCUUUUUUCCCAGGGCAACGUACUUGAAAUUUUACCAGGAUAUGGAAUUUAAAAAAAUUACUUACAGUUGACACCAAUUAGGAGUUAAACGAAAUUUUUUGAUUGAAUUUCAGCCUACAAAAUUUGAAAAUUCAAAUUAUAGAAUUUUACUGGAAUUUAUUUUCUAAAUUUCGUUUACUUCCCGAUUGAUGUGAACUGUAAGUAAUUUUUUUUAUAAAUAAUUGAUAAAAUUUCGAUACGAUUGACAGCUGAGUCAUUGAAUAUUUUUUAAAAGUGGGGGAUUGUCUGAGAAUGCCCUUAAUUAAUUAAUUAAUUAAUUAAUAACACUUGAACACGCGCGAGCUAAAAAUGAAUUAUUUAAAAUAUUUGACUAGUAUUGGUGUUUGAAUCACAGCUUUCGCGCUCAAUGACCGCACACGUUGAAAGUUUUUUUUUUAAAUAUAUUUAUAUAUAUAUAAAUAUAACUGUGUAACAGCAAUGAA